AUGGAACCCAAAUCAAAUCAAGUUGCUGACUCCAUAGCCACAGCUUCGAGCAGUAAUAUUCCGACAACUACAAACUCAACUGCCAGUCCUCAUCAUCAAGUUAAAUUAAACCUCAAAAAUUACCAGGCCGCUGUCAGCACAAAUGCAGGCUGCCUAACGCAAGCUGUUUCCGAUACAAGUCAUGCCUCGUAUCUUGCAAAAUCAAUAAAAAGUACUCCUACAAAUACAAUCUCAUCACCAUCCACUGGUAGUUCAUACUUCGAAAAGCUCCCCCAGGAGGCGCGCGACAUGAUCUACGAGCUCUUGCUGGUGAAUCCCGUUCUUGGCAAGAGCUGCAGUGUGGCCGAUCGUACUAGUUCGCCCAGAAGAACUCCACCACACGGACAAAGCCAACCACCGCUGAAGUAUGAACUUGAACCCCAAGUUCUUCGGGUUUGCCGUGCAAUAUACCUAGAAGCAUCGCAAGUGCUUUACGAAUCAAAUACUUUCUACAUUGCUUGCUGCAGAUAUGAGAUCUCGCAAGAUUGUCGCCCAAGCCGAUUUGCAUUUAAUAGAGGCAUAGAAAUGACACCCAUUACAAGACAUUGUAACAGAUUGAGUCACGGUAAACUUUUCCUAUUUGACCAUCCAGCAGUGGCAAAAGUUAAACGCUGGAGAGUUAUUGUCAGUUCAUUCAUCGAUCCGGAUAUAUUGGGAGGGUGGCAUGAAAGGAGGACUUGGUCGAUGGAAAACUUUUGUCAAGCCAUCGCUCAGUCCCCAUCCAUAUCUCUCGAGAUUGCACUAGCACCGAUUGGUCUGGAGAAGUGUGGGGAAACACUUUGGUUCCGAGACGAGGUCAUCUAUCAAAAUAUGAAGAAUAUGCUCAUACCUUUACAAAUGCUACGUGGGGUCAAAAAGCUUCAAUUCCGAGAUGCAAGUUGGGAGGAAUUACCAGAUGUUUACCCAUACAAUAGUUUCUCGGGCAAGGACUGUCGAUCUAUCAUCCCUUCCUCCAAUUCAAGGAAACAACUCAGAUCAAUUAUGAUGGGAGACUCUGUGGUAGAGCUCUCUCGUGGAAUGUAUCUUCGACUCGUGCGUUAUGCACAGGCGUUUGAGACAGUUGAUACUUUCAGGUCUGAAAUGCGCCACUCAUCUACUGGCAGCGUAGGAAGAUAUCUGAUGCACUAUGGAUUGUGUUCUGGCAGCAAUAGAUGGAUGCACAGGCCCCACGAUCCAACUACUCAGGUGUCACAUCCCGUAGAAAAUGGUCUUAGGCGUGCGGAGACUCUUUCGUCCUCACAAUACAAUCCGAGAGCAUUCAAAUUAGAACGAGCCAGCAUUGUGAAAUAUUUAGAACCACAAUAUCAGAGGGCAAAGUUGGCAUGUUUUAACAUUACGGAGUUCAUCAAGUUCGAAAAGAGAAGGGAUAGAAUGCUUUCGCCCAAACUUACUCGAGAUUGGCACUCUCCCACGAUUGCAGCAGAGGCUAUGCUACUGCUGGAAAGAUAUGAACAAGGACUUCGAAGAGAUUUUCCAUACAUCGAUCAAAUCAAACAUCGAGCCAAUCUUCGAAAGAACACUUCGUUUGAUAACAAUCUUCCCCGAAACGUCCUCAUGAGACAGACUUCCGAUGCUUUUGAUGCGAUGAAUUGGGCCUUCUUCACAAAUUGUUUCAAAAAAAUGGUAGAUGAUCUGGAUAAACAAUUUAUGGAAAUGAGAAGGGCGAGGAAAGAGAUUUUUGAAGACGAUAAAACGUUAAAUGUUGGGUGUGACAUUGAGUUGGAUUCGAGGCUCUGCAUUGAAAUGGUUGAUUGGACAAAAGAUGAACCGAGAUUUGGACCAGUUUCUAACGACCCGGAGUGGAAUGGCUCGGAAUAUGGUAUGGAUGAGUGA